GCCACCGUAUUCUUUAAAAACAUAGAUUUUUUCCAGCAGACGGGCUGAAGUGUGUCAGAUGUGAGUCUGUCCAGCCUCCGUGGCCGGUAUGAGCGCGUUGACAGCGGCGAGGCUGAUUGCAGGGUAUUUAUCAAAUCAUGGCCUCUUUAAAAAGAGCGAACACCUGGGAGGUUUCGGACUCGGAGGGAGAACAAACCCCGUCCGGACCGGGCGGACACAGUCCAGCUAAAGAUGACGACCAUUUGGACCUCCACAGUAAAACUGAGACCAGCAGUUCAGAGCCGCACUGUAAAACUAAGACGGUCAGUUUGGACCCCCACUCUAAAGCUAAGACGGUACGUUCGGACCCCCCCUGUAGAACUGAGACCAACAGUUCGGACCCCCACUGUAAAACUAACACAGUCAGUUUGGACCCUCCCAGAAAAACCAAGACAGUACGUUCGGACCCGCACUGUAAAACUAAGAUGGUCAGUUUGGACCCCCACUGUAAAACUGAGACCAACAGUUCGGGCCACCAAAGUAAACCCAAGACAGUCAGUUCAGACCCCCACUGUGAAGCUGACCCGGUCAGACUGGACAGUUUGAUCCCUCAGGGGGUCCGCGGCUCUCGGGCCCCUUCCGUCAGCCCUGGGAGGAAGAGGAGGACUCAGGAGGAGAGAGAGCAGGAGCGAGCGAGAGUAGAGGAGAGGAGAGCGGAGAGAGAGAGAGCGCGAGCGGAGAGGGAGAGAGCGAAGGAGGAGAAGCGGCAGGAGCAGCGGUGGAGGAGGGAGGAGGCGGAGAGGGUGAGGAGUCUGAAACCGGAGAACUGUCUGAGGAGUCUGAAGGUGCACGUCCACCCAGUGUUGCUGCAGGACUGCGGGUGUGACGUGUUAUUGGGGGCUUUGGGUGGAUUAGAGUGGAGUCACUGUAUAGAGGAGCACAGCCUCACCCACAGCAUCAGCUGGACCAGGCAGACAGCCCAGGUUCAUGGUGAGGAUGGUGCUGGUGUGGUGGCUGAAGAUCAGGUGCUGAUGGUGAUCUCUCAGAGAGAGUUUAUGGACAUGGUGACCUCCAUUAAACAGGAACUGAUUGGUGGAUCUGAGGGGGCGGAGUCUCUGUUUCAGCCGCUCUCUGAAUAUCUGAACCAUAACUCAGGAACAGUCGUCUCACUGCUGGUGACCGGAGCACAACACACUCAGCGAGGCUCAUGGAAUGAUGAUGAUGAUGGUGUUGAUGAUGAUGUCUGUCCUCGCUCUCAACUGGGCCUCCAGGACAUCGACAUUGAGGAGAUGCUGGUGUACCUGCAGCUGUUCAAGAACGUGUCAGUCCACUUCCUGUUCGGCUGGCGGGAGGUGACGCAGUACGUGUGUGCUGUUACGAAGGCCUUGUCCAAACGACCUUUCAAAGCGCUAUGUGACAGUACUGAUCUGGGCUUCUGUCUGGACGGCUCCUGGUCCGGAGGAGUGCGUGUGGAUGGAAGUGGACGGGGCCUCGUUCAGGUGUGGACAAGGCAGAUUCAGCAGCUCAACCGGGUCAGCGCUGCCAUGGCAACAGCUGUGACCUCUGCCUACCCGUCACCCUCCCUUCUACUGCAGGCAUAUGAAGAGGCGAAAUCAGAAGAAGAGCAACGUAAACUAUUGGCUGAUCUGACUGUGAAGGGCGGGGCUAAAGAGAGGCGUGUCGGACCCGACCUGUCAAAUCGUGUGCAUCGGCUCAUGACGUCCCAGAAUCCUCAGCUGGUGCUGGACUAGUGGAGCCGGAGGAAGACGAGAGGAAGGUGUUUGAAGAGCGUCGGUCUCGAGCCACCACAGUGAAACACGUCUGAACUUCACCGUCCACCAGAGAACCACUGACCGUUCCCACACUGCAUGUUUUGUUUGGAGACGUUCCUCCUCGUCAAGACGUCGCUUCAAGAUCAACGUACAGAUGUUGCCUUAACAAAACCAUGAACGUGACGUGACGCCGAAACAACAAAGAAAGGACCUUCGACAGACGAAUACAAGGCUGUCUCUGCUUGCACAGAAGUUCAUCCGCACUACAGCAAUUUACUGUUUCUUUAUUGACCGAUAUUAUGUUGUGUUAAUAAGGGGUUAAUUAACGCAAGUUUCCUUUUGUAUCUGCUUUAUUGUUUAGUCUUGAUUUUCUUUUCUGUCCGAACAAUAACAUCAGUAAGAAAAUGUGCAAAGAUUAUAUAAAAGUGCACUACAGAGUUCAUGCAGUUUACUACUCAGUUUGACUGAUAUGAUGAACAAAAAGGUUUACAAACAAUAAUAAAAAGUGCUCAGGUAAUCUCA